GGGAGUCAGUGUGGAGGACUUGUUCUUUUCUAGCUGUGCUUAAAGUCUGUGUUUUAUUUUAACAGCUAUCAUGAUGUUGCACUGUUUAUUACUUCUGUUUUCAGCAAUGGUGGAUGAAAGUUUUCAGGAUGAAAUAACACCAGCAGCUAAAGAAGUGCAUGUUCUGGUGGGAAAUAAAGUCAAACUCUCAUGCACUUACACAGCUGCUGCAUCCUAUCUGUACUGGUAUCGCCAAUACCCUCAAUCCAAACCCGAAUUCCUCAUCUUUGUUGUGAACACAGACAGGACAGAAGGAGCGUUUACUGCUAAACACGAUAAAAAUAACAAAACAGUACAUCUGGAGAUCUCCUCUGCUGAAGUGACAGACUCUGCUCUGUACUACUGUGCCGGGAGGGACCAAACAGUCAGUGAGUGGGAGGAGUUUCUUGCUAAAUCUAUCUGUGAACCCAAAGAAUCUACAAUGGUAUCGCCAGCACCCUGUAUCCUCAUCCUCAUCUAUGUAAGUGAAGAGGAAAAGACAGACAAGCGGUUCACCGUAAAACAUGAUAAAAAGAACAGGCGUGUGCAUCUGGAGAUCUCCUCUGCUGAAGUGACAGACUCUGCUCUGUACUACUGUGCCCUGGAGCCCACAGUGACAGUAGUCCCAUUUACUCCAUACAAAAACCUGACACUGUCUGAGACAAGGGAGCAACAUAAGCACUAUUUUGAGACUUCGUCAUUGUAUGUUUAA